AUGAAACUCGCCUCGGUGGCCUUUUAUGUUCUUGCUCUGGGGGUUCUGAUGAUCGGUCUCCGAGAGUUGCUCACUGGCUUCGAGGAGAACAGAUGUAGUAUGACCUACAUGUUUGAAUAUCCAGAGUACAGACGUGUGGUGAUGCCUCGUCGCAUCGCCAGAUUGUACCCGGCAUACGGGCUCUACCUGUAUGGAGAGGGUCUAUAUGCUCAAGAGACCCGUGCACUCAAACUCACUGGUGCACCGGUUCUUUUCCUGCCAGGUAAUGCCGGAAGUUACAAGCAAGCUCGUUCCCUGGGCUCAGUUGCUUUGAGGAAAGCUGAAAACAUGGAGGGAGGAGUGCACCUCAACGUGUUCACUGUGGACUUCAACGAGGAACUGGUGGCUCUUUAUGGUGGAAGCUUACGCAGACAAACAAAUUUCCUUCACGAGAGCAUAAAGGCCAUCCUGCGGCUCUACAAGCACCUUAAGAACCCUCCUCAGAGCGUUGUGCUUGUUGGUCACUCCAUGGGGGGAGUAGUGGCCCGAGCACUGUUCACACUGCCCCGCUUCAACACUCAUCUGGUCAGUCUCAUCAUCACCCAAGCCUCACCUCACCAGGCUCCAGUUCUGGUGCUUGACCCCUACUUGCUUGGUAAAGAGAUCCUAAUAAACUGUCUCUGGUGUGUGCAUGUUGUAGAUCUGUCGAUGGGAACUGAGCUUCUGCCACCAUAUAAGGUUCUCAUUCUGAGUCUAAGUGAUUUGUCUACUAUUAGUCAUCUGGUUGUUUCGGCCUCCAACAUCAACGGCAAACAGUUUACAGUGGAGUGCGAGUGGCAGAGACAAGAAUCGCUGACUCAGUCAGUUGCGGUGCCACAUGUCUUGUCCUUUGGUUUCACCAGCAGCGAUGUUACCGUGAAUUCUUCUGGGCUUCUUCACACUAUCCAGCUACAGCAUUUUCACCAGGUCUAUCAAGCAUUCAGAAUCAAUAUUGUCAGCCAGUGUAAAGUACAUAAAGAUAGAUUGCCUAGUGUUUACAGGAUGAUGGUGGCGUGGUUUAGAGAAGACUCUUUAACCACAGCUAGUGUACCAUCAGUGACCGAAAUCUCAGGAAUGUUGCAUACAAGUGGUCCAGACAACAGAUCUGAUGUCCUCUUACAGCUCCACACUGCCCCCAACUGUCAGUAUAAGGUAUCAAUAAGAACUUCACUACCCAAGGUGCUUGGACAGGUCCUAAGGUUCUGUGGUCCCACGGUGCCGGUGUACACAGCAGUAACUCUCCUCCUAGCCUGUGGGCAACAGCUGUCCGCCAUUCUGAAGACAGGGAAAUCUGUAGACAUGACCCAGGCUGUUGGCAUGGGGCUGCAGCCUCAUAAACUUAACCUGGCUAUUUAUGUUGUGCACAUAUUACUCAGCUGUAAAUGGUUUCAAGAGGUCUGGUCCUUGCUUUGCUUUCCACCCAUGGAUACACUUUCCCCAACCUUCCCGGAUGGGACAUCUCAAGAAAAGGCGGGUUCAUCUGAAGAAUGGCCCCAUCUUUUGUCCCCUCUGCUUUACAUUUUUGGGGCAGCUUUGGCAUACUGGGGCAGCAUGCUGCUCCGGUUCCUUAUAAGAUUAAUUUCAUUGAUAUUUGCUCCACUGCACAGACCAUCUGUGUCUCGAGACUGUGGCACUCUGAGGCUGAGGACUCAGCUUUUCAUCUGUCUCAGUUUGACUGUAUUGGGUGGGACUUCAUGUGGAGCUUUAGCAAUCUUUGCCUCAUCUCUAUUCCAUUUGUAUAGGGUGCUCAGGUUGCAAAUGACAGAAAGAUCUUUAAGUCACAUGCUGAAUCUGGUGCCACAGAAGCACCAACAGUCUGAAAAUGGCACAGUCAAUGUUGAAUCCUUUAUGAAGUCUCAAGGAUGUCGUGACACCCCUCUGCUGUCUGAAAACACACUGCAGGAUGUGAAGGACGACUUGCAACUACAUCUCAGCCUUUCAGCCCUCUUCAUGCUACCUGUUAUGCUCAGCAUGCCAUCACUUGUCUACUGGAUUCAUAACUUGAGAUAUUCCACACAGUUGGAUCCCGAUCAUUGCUGGCCACACACUGUGCUUUUAGUUGUUUUCUACAUACUGCUCACUAACUGCAACACCUUAAAGCUCAGCAAAAGUAAACUACUGUUUCUCACCUCCUGUCUUCUCCUGCCUUUGGCCAUCACCAUGGUAAUCUUCUCUUCACUUCACCUCUACAGAGUCACCUACUUCCUGUCAGCAGCACUUGUCCCUUUGGCCCUGUGCUGUCUCCUCUGACGGUAUUUUGGUAGCGUUCAGUCUCUAUCUUCACAAUAGCAAGCCUCUCUUUAAUAUCCAGCAUGCCUCAGUGAGGCUUGCUGAGGUCUUGUCCAGAGAGGACUUGCAGUAUCCAGCAGUCAUGGAGCAGAGCCUAGGACAUAGCAUGGGAAAUUGCCCACUCGCUGCUGGCACUAAAAGCUCCAUGGCAAUUACUCUCUAUUUUUUUAAUGCAAGGAUGCAAUGGCCUUGGAACAUUUGGUGCAAAUAUAUAGGAUGUCGUGAAACCAUGUUUGCCUUACACUGUAUAUCCAUAGCUCUGCCUUCAGGGAGCAAGAACUAUUGAUAUUAAAGAUUCUCCAAUAGGUUUUAUUAUUAUUUAUCUCGUCACUACACUCUAAUCUCCUGUACUGCCUAUUGCCUAGCAAUCUUCGAACUGAUGACUGUCAAUAUGCCACCAUAAAACCGCUGGUAGUAAUGCAAAUUCAAAUUGUACAAAGAAAUCUAAAGUAUUUACGCUUACAUUCUGUGGUAUACUUUUUUUUGUUUUUCAGCUAAACAUAAUUUUGAGUCUCACACAUUUGUUCACUGACUGUAGGAAGUACUGAUCUAAAGAUUGGGGUUAAAAGAAGCAUAAUUCAAAUAUUGGUGACCAAGAUCUCCAGAAUUGUAAACAUCUUCUGUAAAAGCAAAGGAGCUGUGAUGUUUUUCAGAACAUCGAGUGAGCUCAGCAUGUGAUUCACUGGUACUCCAACACUGUGGAUGCACAGUCAUGCCACACCUUUGAACAGAAAAUUAUCUGCUGCUAUUAUGUUUCAAUAUUUUCUCUUUGCUCUACUGUGAAUGACCUCUAUCAAUAAGAUUCCAAUCUCCAUAAAUAUAUUUUAAUUUGAGUAACACCAGGUAGUUCUGUGGUGCUUUUUGAUACCCUCACAGUUGACAGUUGUAACAUUGCUGUGACCCCUUCAGCUGUUUAGUCAAUGCACAUGAAUUUGUGGUCAGGUUAGAAAGACCACAAAGUCACCAUCUAAAACCUACAAACACGUCAAGCAACUGGAAAAACGAAACAAUGUUGUGUAGGAUUUAAACAUUAUAAAUGAUGUUACCUCUGCCCCUGGGUGCUCUUGGAAUAUUUUGGGCACAGGAACGAAGAAAACAAAGGUCAAUUUGCUUUAAAAGAUGUCAAAAGCAAAUCAUUUAAGGUUCAGAAGCUUCACUGAUGUUGCAUUUAGACGUUCCCGAUGUGCUACAGCACCACACUGUGCCUUACUCAAAAUUUUCUAUUAAUACUGGUGCAACAAACAUGUAGUUUAAUGCUAAUAAGGAUGCGAUGAGUGAAUGGUCACUUUAGAUUUAGAAACUACCACGUCAAAUGCCUGCUGCUCAUAAUGUGCCAUUUUUACUGAGGCACAGAGGUAAUAAAAUGAUAAAUGCAGUUGCACCCAAAAGGGACAGAGAUUAAUUUAAUUGGCUAGAUGGAAACCUUUAGGGUUUCUCUCUUUCUUUUUUUUCUCUCUUUCUUUUCAUCACAAAACUGCUAACAGUUUGACUUUGUAACAUGUUCUUUGUGGAUGUAUUUUGGUAGAAUGUUGCAAAUGUGGCGCGUUGCUGGCUUAUCGUUUUCGCUGCCAUCGGCUUUUUGUUCUUGCAACAGUUAAACAAACAGUAUGCUUUGAGCUUCAAACAUGGCUUUUCAGAAGUUCAAGUGUCAUUUAAUUUUUGCUACAGCAGUACUGUGGCUAGUGAUUAUGUAAUUGUGUAUCAAGGUUGUAUCUUUGCUGUAUUUGAAUUCCCUUUUUAAUUGAAAUUUCCAAUCUUUUAAUCUAAUUUUGAUGAAUCUUUUGAUCUGUGCGUACAAGUGCAGCACAGAAAAUGUUGCAGUUAUUACAUGCUGUGACUGCUGAAUGUAUUUUAAGGGGGAAAAAAGACCAAAAUCAGGAGUGCGUUAUCCGUCUUGCUAGUUUCUGACUUCCUUCUCAUGUCUGGUACUUUGCCAAAUCCUGCUGCUUUAUACAGAAGUUGAAAAUAUUAUACUGCACACAUUUUACUUAAAAGGGAUUUAAUCGCGCUUUUCCACUAGUGCCUACUCGGCACAGAAUGGCUCUACAUGGUAUUUUUGUAUUUCCACUAAGGCUGGCACCAAUAGACAGUUGCAGUUUUAGCACUUUCUCAGUCAGGGUUCCAUCUGGGCUGAGUAGGGCUGAUAGCAGACUGCGAGGCGCUGGGCAGGGAGUCAAAAAAAAAAAAAACGUGGCAAAAACAAACAUCUGAUUUAAUCAAUGCUGUGAUCAUAAACUUUGUAAAUGCCUAAUCCACAAACUAACAGAGAAGCUUAUAUGGGAAAUAGUUGCUACAAUGUCAUUCAAUUUUGCUUUUGUCGCACAUAAAUGACGUCCCUUGCCGGUUGACCCGUCUUUCUUUUCAGCCAUAAUUUGGUACAAAUGGAAAAGUUAGAUAUCAUGGAUUGAUUAGGUAAGUUUUCCAGUGCAUGUCCCAGAAUUUGUGCAUGUCCCAGAAUUUGUGAAGGAAGUAUUCUGCCAUUUUCAUGAGUUACACAGGAAGUGCUCAAUUCAGGUCCUUUUUUAAUAUAUUACAGAACAUAACAACUCAUCUUCCACACAAAGACCAAUUGAGCAUACAUAUAGGCUUCCUGUUCUACACUAAACCCCACCAGAGAUGUGACCGUGAGGUUACCAAACUAAACACUCUCCUUUCCAUGACAAUGCCUAGACAUGCUGUCCAUGGAAAUCACUGACUGGAUUGAUGACAUUGGUCAACCUGGCAGAGACCAAUAUGCACUGUAAAUAAGUUUGACAUAGAGCCAAGAAUGUUGUGACAGCUCUUAGUUUGGUUUCAGACGGAUGAUAUGGCUUGCAAAAGCCAUACUGUCAAGGGGGACACGGCAAUAUUUUUCCAGGUCUACAAAACGUAUGUAGACAUUAUGGUCAGACUCCCAUGAUGCCCUAAGCAACUCUCCAAGGGUCAAUAUUUUGUCUACUGUUCCACCUCCUGGGCAAAACAGCAACACGUUUCCUUUUGAAUCUGAGGUUUAACAAGUCAGAGCAUUCACUCCAGUACCCUGGAUUGUACUCAACCAACGUGGCCGAGUAUAUUCCCUCUAGUUGGACUACACUGUCUGGUCCCCUGUCUCGAAUAUGGGAGAACUACCGCCUUGGUUUGCCACCACACUGUUAUUGUCCCAGGCCACUAUAGUACAUUGAACAGGCUCAGUAAAGACAGCUCCAUGUCCAGAACCUCUAAUAUCUCAGGGUGAAUCUCAUACAUCCAACCACCUUUCAUCGUUGCCAAUAUGGGCAUUGAUAUCCCUGGAUGAGAAAUUAAAUCUGCAGCUUGUAUCCCAUUAAGGACAUGACCCAAAGACUCCAAAAAGGCCAGAUAGAGCUAAUCAAAAAUGCUAUCUACAUGGCAGCUUCCUGUAACUAGUACAGUGUUUACCGUACUUGUAACAAUAGUGGGACAUACCUGUGCAUGUAAAUGCUGCCAUUGUUAGUUUUAGUCUUAUUAAAGGAUAGUUUGACAAUAUGAACUAUUGGGAGAUACUUUGCUACAACUGCCUCCUUUGUCAUUACUGUCGUGUAAAAGAAUGGGUUUGUGCAUUGCAGUUUAUGUUGUAUAAUUGAGUAGUAUACAGGCAUUGAAUCAUGUUGCCUUUUUUUACCAGUUAUGCUCAGAAUCACAAUUAUCUCACCGAUUGAAUAUAGUUGGGGAAUGUUUGUUGGCAGCUGUGCCUUUCUGCUUUUUCAUCAGCAGCCUAUUUAUUUCAGACUUGCCUAUCAGUUAAAGAACACUUCAUUGCGCAACAGUAGCAAGCUGGCAAAAUGUCUAAUGCCUACAAAGCCUAGAACUACAUAUAGCUGGCUCUCUGUGACUGUAUUCAUUCACAAAAUCUCUCUAUGCUGUUUUUUGGUUUAUAAAUACUGAUUUCAUUAUAACUAAAUAUUGACAAUAACUAUUAUCAUGGACCAGUCACGAUUGCCCUGCGGAUUUCUAAUGAAAUAUGAGCAUGGGGUGCAGACAAUGCUGUUUUUCUCAAUGUGACUGUAUUUGCACUGAAUGUCUUCACAUGUUGAAAUUGAUUUGUUUACGCUGUAAUGGAUCAGCUUUUUUGUGCACUUGUGUAUUUGAUGCAGUUUUAGUCUUUUAAAAUACACAUUGUCUGUGUGAUAGACUAUCUUACAGUCUGGAUUAUUCUAAACUGGUGAGAUCAGCUACUUCAUAGAAGGAACCAGUAGGGAUGAGAAUGGGUUUAAAUAAAUAUCCUUGUGACUUGUGUUGGUGUUCACUGUGAAAAAUCCAAAAAAGUCUACAGUGGUGAAAAAACUGUUUUAAUCUUCAAAUUUGCUAUUUUAGAACUUUUUGUUUUUCGAAUGAAAGGUUUUGUGGUGCAGAAUUAUAUAAUUGUAAUGUCGGUCCGCAACAAUGGCGAGCAAAGAAGCAGUUCAGUUUAAUACAUUUUCUAAAAUUUGUUAAAAAUGGUAAAAUUGUGGUUUCCUUUGUGUUUUUAUUUUAUUCUUCUUACAUUUAAAUAUAUAUUACGGGUGUUUACACAAUAGCAUUAGAUUAAUUAUUCAAAAUCAUCCCAAUUGAGAUGCCUCUGUGUAUAAAACAUUAACGGCAGUGAGCCAUGAAUGGAUGAAAGUGGCAGUUGUUUUAACUUUUAUUAACAAAUACAAUUGUCUUACCCCUUCAGCUUAUUUCAUAUUCUAUGUCUUUUUUUUACCAAACGAUGUCCAGAGUAUCUGUCAAAAGUGUAUAUUUCACUCUAAUCAAUAUUUGACAUGAAGAGUAAAAUGUGUGAUUUUGAGAGUAAUUUGAAUGUGUUAUUAAACUGACAUUUUCAGUAAAAUGCC